AUGGCCGGCGAAGCAAUGAAUGAUGGCAAGUUUAAGCACAACCUCACCGAGGCUCCCACCUAUACUUCCAAGGUGCUUCCCAUGUUUUCACUGAAAGGACGAACUGCCAUCGUAUCUGGUGCAGGCGCGGGUAUCGGACUCGCCGUCGCGCAUGCGCUCGCGGAAGCUGGAGCUAAUGUCGCCAUUUGGUACAAUAGCAACAAGAAGGCUAUUCAAGAGGCAGAGAAAAUUGAGAAGGAAUAUGGUGUCACUUGCAAAGCAUACCAAGUUAAUGUUACCUCAUACGAAGCCGUGGAACAGGCUGUCAACACUGCUGUAACUGAUCUCAAUGGUCGUCUCGAUAUCUUUAUCGCAAACUCUGGAAUUCCCUGGAUUCAAGGUCCUGCCCUUGACGGAGAACUGGAUCAUUACAAGAAGGUUGUAACAACAGAUUUAGAUGGAACAUUCUACUGUGCUCGUGCUGCAGGCCAGCAUUGGCGCAGACAAAAGAAAGAGGGUACCACUCUUGACGGAAAGAAACUGGAGGGAUUCAAGUAUGGAAGCUUUGUGGCAACCGCAAGUAUGAGUGGCCACAUUGUCAAUAUUCCCCAGUUGCAAGCUGCAUACAAUGCUGCAAAGGCUGGUGUCAUCCAUUUAUGUAAAUCUCUCGCAGUGGAAUGGGUUGGAUUUGCGCGCUCCAAUACCGUUUCCCCUGGUUACAUUGCAACUGAGAUUUCUGAAUUCUGUCCACCUGAAACAAAGGCUACUUGGAAGGAUAAGAUUCCUAUGGGUAGAGAAGGAGAGGCUCAUGAGUUGAAGGGUGCAUUCCUUUUCCUCGCCAGUGAUGCUUCAAGCUACUGUACUGGAACUGAUAUCAUUUGUGAUGGUGGUUAUUGCCUACCAUAA